CGGAUCGAGCAUGCAUUGUGUGUUUGCUUAAGAUUGCGCAAGCGCAUGAUGUGAAAGGGCUCAUUACCCACAUCUCCCAGGGUAAUGUGUGGAAUGCAAGCUGCAACAAUUGCGCCGUGGAACCGACAUGGGAUGUCGGUCUGGGCGACAGCUGGGGUCAUGUUCUUAACUGCUCUUUCUGCUAGCAAAUCGUGGCAUGAACUACUUUUCGACUAUAUCCAUAGACCCUCUCCGGCAUCUUAUCCACUGGCAAGUACGAUUCGGAGGCAGAGUGCUGGAAACUUUGAGGGCUUAGUCAUUUCCGGCCGCGAGAACGACGCCACAGCAAUAUGGUAUCUCAUUGCAAGAAAGGACCCGGUUCCCGUUUCUUCCGAUCCGCCAGAGCAACCCGCCGAUGGAUCGUAGGACCUGGCGCUGGGUAUUCCCCAGCUUCACAAGAU